AUGAUAACUUUCAGGCAGCAAAAAAAAAACAAGAAAAUUGAAACAGAAGGAACAGGGGAAACUCAUCAACAAAUUCAAGGGAAACUCACCAAAUCGGGUUGCACGAAGGAAGCUGACGGCGAAGGAGAAGCUGACGGCGAAGGAGAAGCUGAUGGCGAGGGAGAAGCUGACGGCAAGGCUCGAAGCAAGAAGACGACAACGAAGACCAGCCCACCGGGAUCUGUUGCCUCUGCUACCGGCGACGAAGAGCGCAGGGAAGGGAGAGGUCGAGACCAGGUGCGAGACAGAGACCGUGAGAAGCAAGAAGACGACCACCACCACCACCCAAGGGACCAGAUCCGGUUCCGUCUGCUUCUGCCGCCGGCGAAGCGAGGGCAGGGGCACGGGACCGCGACGACCGAGGUGAGGGGAUGA